AAGCCAAAACAGUGUUGAAAGCACAAAACAGAGUCAGCCAAUCUGACUCCCGGAAUCAAAGCAGAGGAGCAGCAGCUACGUACUCUGACUCUACCAUAGUAUCUUCACUUCCCAGUAAGAAAAUGGAUCUGGGUUUUCUUCUACACGCUCUAAUUCCCUCUUGGAUCACUAGUGGUGUAUUACUGGGUUAUUUUACUUACUUGGCGAUUGCUGGAUCUAUUCUUCCUGGGAAAGUUGUUCCUGGUGUGGUGUUGCAGGAUGGCACUCGUCUCCAUUAUCGUUGCAAUGGGCUGCGGGCACUCCUUUUGCUGGUUGGGCUUCUUGGGAUUGGUUCUCAGCUGAAUAUCAUAUCACCCACUGUGAUAUCAGAUAGAGGGCUGGAGCUACUAUCUGCAACUUUCGUAUUCAGUGCUUUUGUUACGCUGGCACUCUAUGCUUCUGGCUGCAGUUCCCACAGUCAGGGUUCUUCUCUGAGGCCUCAUGUCACAGGAAACGUAAUACAUGACUGGUGGUUUGGCAUACAACUAAAUCCUCAGUUUAUGGGCAUUGAUCUCAAAUUCUUCUUUGUUAGAGCUGGAAUGAUGGGAUGGCUACUGAUCAACCUAUCUCUUCUGGCAAAAAGUAUUCUAGAUGGCACUUUAAGCAGAUCAAUGGUCCUGUACCAGCUAUUUUGUGCGUUAUAUGUCCUGGAUUACUUUAUUCAUGAGGAAUAUAUGACCUCAACGUGGGACAUAAUUGCUGAGAGAUUGGGCUUCAUGUUGGUCUUUGGAGAUUUAGUGUGGAUUCCUUUCACUUUCAGCAUCCAGGGUUGGUGGCUUUUGAGCAAUAAGGUGGAGCUAACCACUGCUGCAGUUAUAGCAAAUUGCUUAGUGUUUCUAAUUGGAUAUAUGGUAUUUAGAGGAGCUAACAAGCAAAAGCAUAUUUUCAAGAAGAAUCCCAAGGCACAUAUAUGGGGCAAGCCACCAAAAGUUAUUGGGGGGAAGCUCCUUGCUUCUGGUUAUUGGGGAAUUGCAAGGCACUGUAAUUAUCUCGGGGACUUGCUGCUGGCACUUUCCUUCAGUUUACCAUGUGGAAUAAGCUCACCAAUUCCAUAUUUCUACCCAAUUUAUCUUCUUAUUCUGCUGAUAUGGAGAGAAAGGAGAGACGAAGCUCGCUGUGCAGCAAAGUACAAAGAAAUAUGGGCAGAAUACCGUAGUCUCGUCCCAUGGAGAAUAUUACCAUAUGUCUACUAGUCACAACAUGCCACUGCCAGAAUAUCACAACCAGAAGCUAUUUGCUCUUCCAUCCAUGUUUUUAUCUUUCUAUAGCCCUAAAAAAUUAUCAAGAAAUGUUGCUGUAGGGCAGUGUAGGGCAGUGGGUGGAUAAAAAAAAGGGGCAGAGCUGUUAGGGUAAUGGCAAAAACUUAAUUUUAGCAAUGCCUCUAUUGGAAUUUUGCAACUCAGGUGCCAAGACUGACUUUGGAUAAGAACCAGAUUGGAAGGUAGUUCUACAACUUACAUUCAAUGAAACUCUAUUUUCACU